AUGGCGACGGCAACAUCAGCAGCACCCCUCGAAAAAUCAAACGAGCGACCGAGCGCCCUGCGCUCGAUUAUUGCUGGAUCGACGGCGGGUGCGGUCGAGAUUGCCGUCACGUAUCCUGCUGAGUUUGCGAAGACGAGGACGCAAUUGAAUCGCCGGUUAGGAGAUGGGCAGAAGUUACCGUGGCCGCCGUUUGGGAAGGCGUGGUAUGCGGGGUGUACGACGCUGAUCAUUGGGAACUCGUUGAAGGCGGGGAUUCGGUUCGUGGCGUUCGACCAGUACAAAUCAAUGCUACAAGAUGCAGAUGGCAAGAUCUCAGGCCCGAGGACGGUUAUUGCUGGGUUCGGGGCGGGAGUUACAGAGUCGCUGUUGGCUGUUACGCCGUUUGAGAGUAUCAAGACUACACUAAUCGAUGACCGCAAAUCCGCCAAACCCCGCCUGCGAGGCUUCCUCCACGCCGUGCCUAUCAUCGCAAGAGAGAGAGGACUCAGGGGCUUCUUUCAAGGCUUCGUGCCCACAACCGCCCGUCAGUCAGCCAACAGCGCCGUUCGCUUCAGCUCCUACGCCUUCCUGCGCCAGCUCGCGCAGUCGUACACGGCCCCCGGGGAGAAACUAAGUACCAUGGCUACGUUUGGGAUCGGUGGUGUGGCGGGACUGAUCACGGUAUAUGCGACGCAGCCGCUGGACACGGUGAAGACACGGAUGCAGAGUAUAGAGGCGAGAAGCCUGUAUCGGAACAGCUUUGCGUGUGCGGCGCUGAUUGCGCGGAAGGAGGGGGUGUUCACCUUCUGGAGUGGUGCGCUGCCACGGCUGGCGAGGUUAAUGUUGAGCGGGGGGAUUGUGUUUACGAUGUACGAGAAGAGUAUUGAUUUGAUGGCCAGGCUGGAUCCGGAAAAGAAGUACGUCUGA